CAUCGUGGAUGUUUUGCGGUUUCAAUAAUAAUAAACAAUAAUAACAAAUUUCAAUAAUAAUAAUCGAUUAAUAUCUCUGUUCCUGGAGCAGAGCAAUAUUUUUUUUCUCGUUAAAUGUGAAUUUUAUCUAUAUUAUAAAAUAUGGAAUAUACGUUAGAAGAUGCUUUCGAGUUGCUGGUAGAGAGAAAUAAAGAACAGGAAAAAAAUAUUGAAGAUCUGAUAAAUAAACUAUCGAACAAUGAAGUCUUCACAAUAAAAUCAUCCAGUUCGCUGGAUGAUAUGAGAAUCAGACAGAACAAGUUGCAUGAUAGCUUGCGUAAGGAAAUUCAACAGAUGGAUCCCGAAGAUUAUCCAAUUUUGAGAACAUCUGACUUGCGUGCAGAAAUGUUAAUCGAGCUGGAGGCAGAGAUUCACGACAUGCAAAAGCUUCUCGAUAAUCAGCAGCAAAAGCUUUCUGAUAUCCAGGAGGACAUUGCAUAUUUGAGAAAUAAGAAAGAUGGACUGAAUAAAAUGCAGGAAGUUUAUUUGGAUAUUACAGAAACCUUCGCAAACAUAACUUACAAGAAAGAAUUUAACUUAGUGAAACAUUUAUUUUCCGAAAUGAAGAAUGAUUUGCACACUGUGGUGGAUGUAAUUUUUCCGAACAAUGAUGAUUUCCAGAAAUUAUUAAUGGCACUAACGAAAGCUUAUAUGAAAGGGGGAGAUGAUGUUUAUGUAGAUGUCACGCCUAAUGUAUUAACUUAUAUAAAUUUUCUACUGGAAGCCGAUAUAAUACAAUAUCACCCUAAUGAUAAGACUAAAAUUAGAAUGAUCGAGAUAUUAUAAUAUUCGAUCACAAGCACGGCCCAUACGAAGAUACAUAGAACCUGGAUGAAUAACAAUAAUCG